AUGGAUGAACACAGAAAGUUUCUGGCAGAUCGCCUGCUGAGCGAGGGGCGACCGAUCUCCUACCGAGCCCUAAGCGCCUCCCUCGAUGUUCAUGUCAACAAGGCAAAAGGCAUACUCUUUGAUUUCCACCAGUAUCAAAAUGGAAUGCAGGCAAACUCGAUACACGCAACCUACCUCGUCUGCGGUGUUGUUGCUUCAGCAAGUAGGGCGGUGGAUAACGCUGAAAUGGAUGACUCGCCUCGCCAUUCGGAUACUUUAACACCGUUGGCGAGCCCUAAAAAGUUGACCCUUGUGGGCGAAGAGAAUUUGCAAGAGGUGUUGGACAUUUAUGAAAGCAUUACGUCAAUUCAUUUAUAUGCCUUGUCACCUAUGGCGAAGAAAGCUUUCUGGUUUUGUGAAGAAUCGGUCUAUCAGGGGAACGAUGGCGGUGCAGUCUACAAGAAGAACACUGGCCUGCACCACAAGCUCGGAGUUGUUACUAAUCCACACCUCCGUCUGCGAGAUCGCAACACUCAUCAUACCCCGGCCCUUUCCAGUACUGCGCGGCCCCCAAUUGAGGAGGAUGAGCAAGUCCAUCAGGACAAGAAGAACAUAACUGGCCCAUCGUCGACAGCCAAGCGGCUGCCUACCGCACAUAAGAAGGAGGCAAUUGGUACCGUAAAUCGAGAGAAACCAAACUCCAUACUCAAAUCAUUUGCGAAGGCCAAUAUCCAUGUCCCUGGGAAGGUUACAAGCCAAGUUAAGCAAGAUGAUGGGCCUGCCGCGCUUUCAGAUGAUGGAGAGCCCGAUGACUGGGACAUUGUGCCCUCCAAACCCACCUCCGAUUCGCACUCCAUCACGAAGUCGCGCAGAGAUCGAGAGGAUGCUUUAAGACGUAUGAUGGAGGACGAAGAUGACGAAGAUGACGAAGCACAACCGGUUGAAUCAGCCGCACUCGUAAAUGAUAACGUCGAGAUGACGGAAAGCCCUGUGCCCGAAGCCUCUCCUGGAGCAGAGCCCACACCCGAGAAGCUGUCAAUCACCCAGGUCGACAAGGAGCCUUCGGAGAUACUUUCAAGUACCGGAGACGGCCGGAGACGGGGUAAGCGUAGGGUUAUGAAGAAGAAGCGAAUCCUGGACGAUCAGGGUUACAUGGUCACCAUUCAAGAACCUGGGUGGGAGUCCUUUUCUGAGGACGAAACUUCCCCGCCCGCCAAAAAGCCAACCUCUGCAACUGGACCGACACAAUCUUCAUCAUCUGCUAAGACAAAGAUGGCGUCUCUGAAGGGCUCUCAAGGCAGCAUCAUGUCUUUUUUUGCCAAGAAAUGA